UUAGUCAGGGGCUGCGGGACCCCCAUACACCAUGCUCUGCCCUUGAUUAGGUGGCUGCAUGCGGUGGAGAGGUACCAGGGGGUCCCGCGGAUGGAAGGAGCUGCGGGACUCGGGGGGACCCGUAUCUGGAUGGGGGUGGCAGUAAUGAUGCUCGUCACACCUUCGGUACUCACUGGGAGAGAAUUGCAUAGUAAUCAAAUUCAUCUAAAGAAGGUUUGGCCACAUUCUGCAGUAAUAGAGCCCCUCUGGCUGGUACCUCACGCGGCACAGUCUAAACUCAAGUAUCCGCCACACGUGGAGCUAUUGGUGACAGCAGAAGGCAAAGAUCUGAUCUUGUCUCUACAUAGAAAUCAGGAACUCAUUAAUCCAAAUUACAUUGAAACCUAUUACAGCCCGAGUGAUAGGCCUAUUGUCCGGAUGCCAAACAUGACGGAACAUUGUUACUAUCAAGGUUUUGUUCUUGGAGAGAUGGAGUCCAGUGUUGUUAUUAGCACCUGCUUGGGAAUAAAGGGACUAAUAACACUAAACAACAACCUAAGCUACAUUGUGGAACCACUGUUAGGAGAGGGAAAUAAACACAUCAUCUAUAGAGCUGAACAUUUGAAUGUUGAAGAAAGAAAAUGCGGAUAUAUCAGAGAAGAUAGACACUCCAAUUUAACCAGCUAUGCUAUAGAACAUCGCCAGAGGGUGAAGAGAGAGGAUCCAGACGGGGAGAGAUGUGUUGAACUAUACCUUGUUGCUGAUUAUGCAGAGUUUCAGAAGCAUAAUUCAGAUUUGGAGCGGACUCAGCACAAGAUGCUGGAGGUCACAAAUUAUAUUGAUAAGUUUUACAGGUCUCUGAACAUUCGGAUUGCCUUAGUGGGCCUGGAGAUUUGGUCUACAGGAGACCGGUGCAAUGUCUCAGAGAAUCCAUACAGUACCUUACGUGCCUUCCUUUCAUGGAGAAGAAAGCUUCUACAGCAAAUACCGCAUGACAAUGCCCAGCUAAUAACGGGACGUGCUUUUCAAGGUACAACCAUCGGACUGGCCCCUCUUCAGGCAAUGUGUUCUUCAUAUCAGUCUGGCGGGGUGAAUAUGGAUCACUCCGAUAAUGCAAUUGGUGUAGCAGCCACUAUGGCCCAUGAGAUUGGACACAAUUUUGGAAUGAGCCAUGAUGCUGAUGGGUGCUGUACAGCUAAGCCUGAGGAUGGAGGGUGCAUUAUGGCAGCUGCUACUGGACACCCGUUCCCAAAAGUAUUCAACAGCUGUAACAGACAGGAGUUGGAUCGCUUUCUUCGCUCAGGUGGAGGAAUGUGUCUUGGUAACACACCUGACACCAAGACACUGUAUGGUGGUGCGAGGUGUGGCAAUGGGUUCUUAGAAGAAGGGGAGGAAUGUGACUGUGGAGACACUGAGCACUGCAAUAAUCCCUGUUGUAAUGCCACUACAUGCACUCUGCUGCCAGGAGCUGAAUGUGCUCACGGGACCUGUUGCCAUCGUUGCAAAUUAAGGCCACCUGGGAUUCUGUGUCGGAAAACAUCUAGACCCUGUGAUCUUCCAGAGUACUGCACUGGGCGAUCUGCGGUUUGUCCUUCAAACUCCUUCCAGCUGGAUGGAACACCCUGCCACGGGGGACGAGCUUUCUGCUAUACUGGAAGAUGUCUUACCCACCAGGAACAGUGCCACCUACUGUGGGGAAGUGGUGCUCGCUCUGCCCCAGAUAAGUGCUUUGAAAGGAUCAAUGAAGCUGGUGACCAAUAUGGUAAUUGUGGACGAGACAUGAAUGGGGAAUACAGGAAGUGUGCAGCUCGAGAUGCCAAGUGUGGAAAGGUUCAAUGCCAAAGUUCUGCCACAAAACCACUGGAGAAUAAUGCUGUUGCAAUAGACACCACAAUCCUCGUAGAUGGGAAACGUGUACGAUGUCGAGGGUCAUAUUUCUACAGGGCUCCUGAAGAAGAAGAUACAGUGGAUCCAGGGCUUGUACUCACUGGCACUAAAUGUGGAGAGAACCAGAUUUGUUUUGAUGGGCAGUGCAGAAACACAUCUUUCCUGCAGGUUGAAGAAUGUGAAAAGAAAUGCAAUGGGAAUGGGGUUUGUAACAAUAACCGGAACUGCCACUGUUUGGCUGGCUGGCAGCCCCCGUAUUGUAACCAGACAGGCUAUGGCGGGAGUAUUGACAGUGGUCCUGUACCUCCUGAAAGUUCGUCUAUUGUGUUCUGGAUAUUGAUUCCAAUAGCAUUACUGGCUGGAAUGGCAUUUUCUCUAUGUGUGUAUCUUUAUAAACACAGAUCUGAGAGUAGUUUAGGCAAGUCGGAUCAUUCAUCUGAAGCCUGUUCCUUGUCCAAAAGUGGCAGCCAAGAAAAAAACAUGUUGGAUACAAACAUCAGACAGAAGCCUGCAGAAAAAACAUGUUCAAAGAGUCCAAUUACGCUGAAUCCUAAUCUUAGGGAAAAAACAAGAUCUUCAGCCACUAGUCAUACCAGAAGUCAGCCACUAGGUGAUGCUAAGAAAAUUGCCAAUCCAGUGAGAAUACCACCCCCUAGUAGGCCAGCUCCACCACCUCCAGUUCCUCCUCUAAGAAAAUUAGACCCACCUAGGAGGACACCUCCCAUUCCACCAAGCAGAUCCAGACACAAUGUUGGUGUGCAGCAAAAUUCCUGACAAUGGCAGAUAUCUUCGAGAAUCUCUCCAGCUCGGGACCAUCAACUGAAAUACUGGUCACUGAAUGCCUGUAUUGCAGGACAUACUACCUUCAUAGUUUUAUUUAAAUGAAAAAAUUAUGUAAUAAUGGGUUCUUCCCUUUAAAGAGAAAGAUACAUGAAGCAAGCUGUGUAACAGAAGAACACCUUCCCAUACUCAUGAAAUUGUUUUUUAUUUUGUAUACAGAGACAGGUAUUUUGUAAAUGACAGCUUCAACCAAACCAAACAGUAAUAUUAAAUUAAAUAUUAAAUGGGAAGUAAAGUUUUGAAAUGGAACAGAGAAUUGAAACAGAGGUGCUGGGAAAGUUGAAAUUCAGAAAUGGACUACAGAAGAGGGACCAAACAGAACAGAGGGAAAGGCCGACAUUAAUGAAGGGAUGGUACUAAGUUGAAAGGCAGAGAGGAUGGUGUGCAAUAUUGAACAGAAAAGAACUGAGAAUGCAAAACGACACGGAAGUGGAGACAGACUACAUCUGAUACUUGUUCAGUGCUGGAUACAUGUUAACUAGUAACAAAUAUACCGUAUACUAAGAGCAGAGUUGGUUCAUAUAUGUAUUCUAAAUAAUCCUAAUCAUCGAUUUCUGAUAGAACUCUUUUGCCUUAGGGAAUCCCAGUCAGAAAUAGCAUAUUGUAUGAGACAGAAAACCCUUGUAGUAGAUAUCCAGAAAAUUUGAUUUUGUGGUCCAAACGUUGCUGCUUUAUAGGGUUUCUGAUCUACAUGAUUUAAGGUCAUCACAGAUUUGAAUUUAAAGAAAAUUCUUUAAUGUUACAGUUUUUGCGAAUCCCUCCUAACCCAAAGAAAGCUCUAGAGAAUCAAUAUGGGAUAGAUAUCUUGUCGUCUUCUCUUACUCAGGAAAGCAAUGCACUCACAUGCUAUUAUAGCACCAUGUUAUUUUUAAACAAUGUAUAGUGAGAUUUAGUUACAUAUAACCUGGACUUAGAUCAGCUUGAAAAUAUCUAUUGAAGUUGUUAAUUACCAGGUAACUUCUAGGUUGAAUCAUUAUUUACUUUAGUUUGGAUUUGAUCCUAAAACUAAACAAGGCCUGUCAAAUCAAGCUGGCAGUGCUGGCAAACAAGUUAUAUUAUAAGUGCAAUUCUGUGUUCUCAACUAGAAAUAUGCUUACAGGUUUACUCACAAAACAUGAAGAAAACAGUGAACUGUUGUCUAGCUCAACUAUAUUCAAAAUCUGGCUGUUUUGAUCUACAUAUAGGUUGAUGGUUGAUGCAAAAAAACUUAAGGUGUAUGAAUAAGUCUCACAUUUUAAUUAUAUGGUCUUACUUGCAAGGAGUGUGUGUGAAACACAGGAUUUAAAAAUCUGGGGCAGUUCCCAGAUACGGUAAUUAUAAUAAUUCCACCUCACUUUGAUCUGUAAUAACAGUUUGCUAUAGUCAUAAUGGUCGUAACUGAUCUAAUUCUGUGCCUGAAACAUGGCCUGCCGUUUGACCACAGGUCCUCAAUCUCUGUGUUCAUUUGAAAAUCACAAUUACGUGUGAUUUCUUACAAAUAAAAUUGAUAAAUGACAGUUAAA